UAUGGUGUUUGUUUCUACCCGAGGCUCAAACAGCGGUGCACCUCCGACGCUAGUAUUUUGCUUUUGACAUUUUCGUCACAUUGUAUCAUUGAUGCGGAUUUAGUCCUGCCUGACUCAUUCCCCUUACUACUUAGCUCUUUCAUGUUAUCAAGCCAAUGGACUGACCUCAACUGGAGAUGCUGCUAAAAGAUCUUCCCAGAGAGGCCCUGCUGCGGCCUCUAUCCAGGGGUGAAGUAGUUGGAAUGCUGUUGAGGCUUACUAUUUUCGGGGCGGCUACCUACUACAGCAUUAAAUGGGUAGUCGAAGCUAUGGACCCUACACAUAAACAAAAGAAUCAAGCCAAGAAAAGGGCAGAACAGCUGAUGAAAAGGAUCGGCGUGGAGGGGGUCAGCCUCACAGAGUAUGAGAUGAACAUUGCAUCUCACCUCGUCGAUCCACAAACAAUGAAGGUCACCUGGAGAGAUAUAGCUGGACUGGAUGAUAUAAUAAAUGAGCUUCAAGACACAGUCAUCCUGCCUUUCCAGAAAAGACACCUUUUGGCUGGAUCCAAACUCUUUCAACCUCCGAAAGGUGUUUUAUUGUUUGGUCCUCCGGGAUGUGGGAAGACCAUGAUCGCUAAGGCAACAGCCAGAGCCUCAGGCUGCAAGUUUAUCAACCUCCAGGCCUCCACGCUGACAGACAUGUGGUAUGGUGAAUCACAGAAGCUGACUGCUGCCGUCUUCUCAUUGGCUGUAAAAAUCCAGCCCUGCAUCAUUUUCAUUGAUGAGAUUGAGUCAUUUUUGAGGAACCGCUCCAGCCUAGACCACGAAGCUACAGCCAUGAUGAAGGCCCAGUUCAUGAGCCUAUGGGACGGCCUUGAUACAUCCUCAACCACUCAGGUGAUGGUUAUGGGAGCUACAAACAGGCCACAAGAUGUGGAUCCAGCCAUUCUCCGCAGGAUGCCAACCACUUUUCAUGUGGGCUUACCGAACACAAGACAAAGGCAGGACAUCCUGAGGCUAAUUUUAGCAGGAGAAAAUCUGAGCAAUGCCAUAAAUCUCAAGGACAUCGCUGAGAAGACAGAAGGCUAUUCCGGCAGUGACCUCCGGGAGCUUUGCCGUGAUGCCGCCAUGUAUCGAGUCCGAGACUACGUCCGUAAGGAGCAGAUGAGGCAGAUCGCACAGCAGCUGCAGGACAGCGAGGAGGAGGAGGAAAAACCCGUAGAUGAGGAGAGGUUGCGGCCAGUCACCCAGCUGGACCUCCUCUUUGGCCUCGACAAGAUGAACGAGUCUAAACGUGCUACAGCCUCCAUGUUACCCAGCAUCUCAGAGGUUCCCCUGGAUUGAAUACCAGCCGUACAGCACCAAUAACAAACCCAUCGCUCUCCACUUUUGUCCAACUGGCCUCAAAGAGACUCCUCCACAGAGAGGUGCAGUUGGAUAAGCCAUUAGCCAAACAUUGCAAGGGUUGUUCUGAGCAUGCUCACUUUCAGCACACUCCUGUUACAUAUUAGAAUAUUUUUCAGAAAUCUGCAGCUACAGUUCUAUUGGAGUAAGUGGACUGUAACAAUUAUAUGCGUUUUAUUUUAUCGUGUCAAAACCAAGUUCUUACCUCACCACAGGGAUAUGGUGUAUUCGUCCAUUCACUUCUGAAGGAACUAAAGGGAUAAAGUCCCCGGGGUCAUAAGUUUCAGACCAGUGUGGUUCGCUGCUUGAUUUGCAUAUCAGUUUUUUGUCCAAACGUGUAACUAAAUAUUUGGAAUUUCAAUCAUUCUCAAGUGGCAUUAUCCAAGCACAUUGGAAGAAAGGCAUAUCCUUGGCAAACUGGUGUUGUUAAUCACAAGGUUUUUCUGCAAAUCACUCCAGCCGUUUCCUAACAGCUAAGAAAUUGCUGUUUCAAUUACAGCAAUAUCAGUAGAAUCGAAGAAUCGAACAUUAUCCUGUACGUAAAUCACUGUGUCUAAACAUCAAAGAGGAAAAUAAUGAAAAGCUCCGUCUUCUUCACAUUGUUGAUUUCUCCUGCCAGAUUGACUGACAGUGGCAGCUCUAAUGAAAAUGACAGGGCUGUGAUCAUUGUUUGUGCCAAAUUAUCCACGCAUUUGUUUGAAUUCUAAGAGUCUUUGGUUUUUCAAAAUGCAGGAACAAGCUGACAGAAAUUGCAGAAGUAUAACACGACCUGUUAUCAGUUAUGUCUGAGAGCGUUCAGUUAGUGCUUCCAGACAAAGGCAGGUUUCGCAACAUGCAAAUGUCAAGUGGAAAAAUAGUUACCACUUAAACUGUUCAAGAGAAACUGCAGUGGAAUUUAUCUGAAUCUGUAGCAACAGUAAAAUAUGCUGUUAUAACCUUUUAUAAACCCUGUGACUAAAUUGCUGAAAAAAAAAAAAAAAAAAAAGCUCAACUUUCAACUGCUCUUUUAUAAAUGUCAAGCUGUUUAUAAAUUUGGCAGCAAAAUGUAUUAGAGUUGAAGUCUUUAAAGAAGUGAACGAUGGCAGUGAUUUCAGUCUGUGCUGCUUUGUGAAAUUCUUGGAACGUAAGCAAAAUGAUUACAAACUAUAGGUUAUUCUUUUGUUAUUGUGUUCCCACUGUUGGAGCAAUUUAGCACAGAUGAGUUUUUAUUUAUAUCAUGGUUGUUGUGACAUUAUUAUUUGUGAAUCCCUGUUAAGUUUUAUGUUUCACUCAUGAAAACAGAGUGACAGCUGCAACACAACUGUCACUUUUAUUUUCACUUCACUGCAGCAGUGACUUUAAAAUUAUUCAGAUACUUAGAGUUGACUGUCAGAAUGUCAGGUGGAGGCUGUUGUGAUGUGCUUUUCUUCCCUCCCUCUGUCUGAAAAGCCUCAUUAUUUACCAUAUGGUCUCAACAUGUGUUCAUGGAUCUGUUUGGGGGUCUCUCAACCUUUGUACCACACAGAACACACUUGUCAGAAAUGACCACAUGGUGGCACUGUAGCUUCACUGCUCUUCUACAGAGGCACGCUGUGAAGCCUCAGAUACAGAUGGGUGACAAAGGAAGGACCUGAUGGAUGGUCCUGGAUGACAGCACCCCCCCAUCCAUAGGGCAUAAAUGGUCAGUUAACGGCUUGACAAGUACGCUAAUUAAAUUGAACAGCUAUGGGAGAUUUUGUACCAUUGUGUUUGAUCACACUCCACCUCCAUCAUCAAACCACCAAAUGAGGGAAUAUCUUUGGAAGAAUGCUGUUCAUCCCUCCAGUUGAAACCGCAGACUUGUAGAAUCAGUGCCAAGGAGCACUGAAGCUGUUCUUCCCAAUUCCUGUGUAACACAUUACAUCGGUUUUCCCUUUAAUUUAUCGCCCGUCUGCAUGUACUGCUCACAUUUAGAGCAGCUUUAUGGGAUUAGGAGGGGUAAUGAAUUAGGGAACCCUGCAUGCUAGCUUGUGUCUCCCUUAUUGGUUUAUUUAGCAAUAUUUAGACAUCUGCUCUCAUUAGAGCACCUCAGGUGACAGUUAAAGGUCAAAACAUUGCCAAGUAAACAAAUAUGUGUCACAGUUACUGCAGCUUACAGGUAUCAGUUCCCCUUAUUGGAGAGAGGUAGUGCUUCUGUAAACGCUGCCCUACAGUAGUGACAGCACUCAUUUAUCCAUAAUGUUUCAGAUGCGAAGUAUAUAAAAAGUGUCCAUUUGCUGUUAUUGUACAGUAUGAUGUUGAGUUCUGUACUAUGUGUUAAAUGGUAUUGAUGUAAAGUGUGUUUCUGAAUCACACUGGAGAUAAGAUGUCCUCUUUUCGCCGGUGAAAUGUUACCUCACUUACUUCUGCAUGAAUUUCAACAAGCUUGCCAUCGUCUUGUCCCUGUUUAUCAUGAAUGUAACAAAUAGCAUAAUUCACAGUAGAUAAAGUCCAGCCUGUUCACCAAUAGUAAAAACAACAUUCUGAUUUUUAUAUGCGAUAUGUAUUUACUGUUGAAUACCAGUAUGAGUGGCUGUCUUCUGUUUGUAACUGGUCCAGCUUUUGCCAACAGGUCCUGUACCCUUUAGGCAUGCAUUAAUAAGCCAUUCUUGGCCAAACUCAAGCUCAUACUUUCUCCACUCAGUUGAUAUUUGCUUGAGCUCUACUUCUGGUAUUCAACUACAGCCUUGCAUUGCUAAUAAGCCCUCUUUUAAUGACUCGCUGACAGCCAAACAAUUUUGAGGUUAUGGUCUGAGUUUUUAAUAGACGUCUGGCAAAGUGCUUUAAGGUCAUGAAUUGUAGAGGUAGCAACUCAUGAGGGUUAUGCAAAACCAUGUUAAAUAAUUGAGAAACCUCAAGAAUUGGCAGGUGUUCAUAUUGCAGUGCAGUUUGAUAGUGGUAAAGACUCAGCCUCUACACCAACAUCUAAUCUCUGUGUUAGGAACAUUGUCUUGAUCUGCUCACUUACACUGCAUUUCUAUUAUUUAUUUGUUUUAAUAUUGUGACAUUUUUAUUUAUUGUUAAUUAAUUCAGACUUGGACCUUAAUGUUAUUACAUGUUUCAUUCAUUUUUUUUGAUAAUAAAUGAUCGAGAUCGCCUGCA